AAUAUUAUACCCAACUUUUCACCAUCUUGUUUUAAUACAUAUGAACUUGAUACAAACACCUUCUUACCUAGCUAUGAGCAUAUUAUUGUAAAUGGUUCAUCAUUUUAUCCAAAUGCCUAUAAGCACUAUGAUAAAGUAAAUAUAGUAAAUACUUUGUCGUCACAUUAUUCUGGCACCUAUGAAUAUGAUAGUGUUAAGUCAACCUAUGCUAAUAUCCAAAGCUUUAGUAAUAUGUUGACUGAAUCAAAUAUUGAGACUCAACCAGAAAGUGCAGAUAAUGGAAUUUUUGAUAAUAAGUACAAAGAUAAUGAGCACAAAUAUAAUGAGAAUGAAUAUAAUGAGAGAUAA